AGAGAACUAGCUUCGAUUCUCUUAGCGGUCAUCCUCCCCUUGGAGUUUGAAAUGCUUUACCUGAUCGGCUUGGGCUUGGGAGAUGCCAAAGACAUCACCGUCAAGGGCCUGGAAGUUGUAAAGCGAUGCAAUCGAGUAUAUCUGGAGUCCUACACCUCAGUCCUGACUGUAGGGAAGGAAGCCCUGGAAGAAUUUUAUGGAAGAAAAUUGAUUCUUGCUGAUAGAGAAGAAGUAGAACAAAAUGCAGAUAAUAUUUUAAAGGAUGCUGACCUCAGUGAUGUUGCAUUUCUUGUUGUUGGUGAUCCUUUUGGUGCUACAACACACAGCGAUCUUGUUCUAAGAGCAGCGAAAAGGGGAAUCCCUUAUCGAGUUAUUCACAAUGCCUCCAUAAUGAAUGCAGUCGGAUGCUGUGGUUUGCAGUUAUAUAAUUUUGGAGAGACAGUUUCCAUUGUGUUUUGGACAGACACUUGGAGACCAGAAAGCUUCUUUGACAAAGUGAAGAAAAACAGACAAAAUGGCAUGCACACUUUAUGCUUACUAGACAUCAAAGUAAAGGAGCAGUCUCUGGAAAAUCUAAUCAAGGGAAGGAAGAUCUUUGAACCUCCUCGGUUUAUGAGUGUGAACCAAGCAGCUCAACAGCUUCUGGAAAUUGUUCAAAAUCAACGAAUCCGAGGAGAAGAACCAGUAAUCAGCGAGGAGACACUCUGUGUUGGUUUAGCCAGAGUUGGAGCUGAGGACCAGAAAAUUGCAGCAUGCACUUUACAGCAAAUGUGCACUGUGGACUUGGGAGGACCGUUACAUUCCCUCAUUAUCACAGGAGGCAGCAUGCAUCCUCUGGAAAUUGAGAUGCUAAAUCAGUUUUCCAUAUCAGAAGAUACUUCAGAGUCUAAAAGCAUUGAUGGCCUCUGAAUGUAGACAUUUUAUAUGAUCAAUUUUUGUCAUAUAU